AUGCAUCGUGUCAUAGGUUACCGUCCAGACGGUAAGGGCAAGGGGACUGUCCGCAGGAUCAGUCAGGUGGUGAAACGGAGCAUGGGUAUGCUUCAGGGCGAAAGGGAAUGCGAGGAUGACGAGGAUGACAAGGGUAAGGUUGGGUGGUCUCGCAUCGGUAAAGCCAACUGGCUCAUUGUCAAGCCCGAUUUAUAUGCAUUAGACCAUGCUUCUCCAUCACCAGAAUCUGGGCCAGAGAUGGUGGUCCUCAGUUCUGUUGUGCAGAUAUCUUCAAGUGAUUACUAUCUGACUGCAGAUGGUGGCUAUAGGGGAGCCUCUUCCUUCUCACCAGAGUUUGCCACUGUCAAGCCUUCAUGUACUAAUGAACAGCCGGACAUUGCACCAUUCAAGACCGACUUCAAUGUUGUCAAGGACAACAUCAAGUGGUUGCAGGAUGUGGCUAUAACUGACGGUUUUGUCCUUAAAUGUGGCCUGGUUCCUCCAUACACCGAUAACUUUCGCUUCAAAGUGUAUCAUGUCCUUUUCAAACCACUUCAAUGCAGUGAGGCAAGCACUGACAAUGCUGAGGAUAGAGAGAGCUCUGACAAGGUUGAUGAUCUUGAUGGCAUAUUUUUGAUUGGAAAUUGGCUAACCUUCAAUGACACUACCAAGGGUGGCCUUGAGAACAUCAAGAAAACUCAUCAUGUAGUGCCCAUUCCAGCAUACAACAUGAAGGGAAAUCUGAUUGAUCCACACCAAUACCACCAUGCUCUUGAAGGUGCAACUGUAGAGUUACAUUUCACUCUCACACACUGGUCAUUCUCUGCAAAGGCUGACCAGCCAGUAAGCAUGUGUGUUGACACUUAUACAGGAGACAUUGUAAUGAUCUGUGUCAUUUCUCCACCCAUCUAUACUCCUGGGACACCCUCUAAAUGCACUGUGUCACAAUUCUUUGAUCCCAACCAGUAA